AUGGACUACAGUUUAUCCAUAAGACAUAAUCCAACAUCUCAUUAUGCCAAUAUCACUUCUGGAUAUUAUACAUUUCUCAUUUGUUUUAUAUUUGCAAUAUCAGUUUUCCUAGUACGAAAAUAUCUUCCAAAUAGAUCAACACAGAGAUUUGUCAAGAUUAUCUAUAAACUAAAUCCAGCAUUUUUAGCUUGUUAUUUUGCCACCACAAUUACUCUAAUAUUAUUUUCUACCUUCUUUACCCAACAGGAGCGCGUUGUUAGUGUGUUUACAAAAAGAUUAGGAAGAAUUAGUUAUGUUUUUACCAACCUGCUCAUUAUAAUAAUGUUUCAAGAACCAUUAUCCUUAUUCAAAGGGUUAGCCUCAUACUUAGAAUUUAUCAAUCUACACAAAUGGCUGUCUCGUGCGGUAUUUGGUUUAAGUAUAUUACAUAGUUUUAUGUUCAUAGGUAAAUGGUCUAGUGAUCCUGCUAUUUCAAUUUGGAAUAAAUUGAUUGUGAAGAAGGCAAAUUUUAUUGGAUUUGUAAUAUUUAUUGAAAUAUGCUUCAUGUUAGUAAUUUCAUUAAAACCCAUGAGACAAAAAUCUUAUAAGUUAUUUUACUUUUCACAUCAAUUAAUAAAUUUAUCAUUUAUUAUUUUAAUACCAUUUCAUGCAAGACCUCGUGUCACUAUCCCAUUUUUCGUUAUCAAUUUAGUAUUGUUGACAAUAUAUUGUGUAAAUAAAGUCAUUAGAAGUAGCCAGGUAAUGAUUUUAAAUAAAAUGGAAGUCCCUGAAAGUAGAUUAUAUACAGUAACUUUACCAGCAAGUAGUCUAGGUGAUACUUCUGUAAUUUCUCCUGGAUCACACAUUAGAAUCAGUCCAUAUUCAAUAUGGAGUUGGCAAUAUUGGUUAUUGCCAUCCCAUCCAUAUACUAUUGUAUCAUGUAUGAAUGGUGAAAUAAAAUUGAUCAUCAAAAAAACAAAGUUUGAAGUGAAUAAGGAUGAAACUUAUAGAAUAAGUGGUCCAUUUGAAAAUAUUUCCAUAACUAAUUUUAUUAAAUGGCAAGAAGAUUUAAACAAUAUUAUUCUUGUUGCUGGUGGUAGUGGAAUAUCAUUUAUUUUACCAAUUUAUCAUUACUUGCAAUAUAACAGAUAUUCUAUAAUAUCAUAUAGAUCAUUAAAAAUGAUAUGGUUAGUUAAGAAUAUUUCUGAAUUCCAACAUAUUAGAGACAAUAUUGGAUUGCCAUGUGAAUAUUUUAAACAGAUAGAAGUUUUCAUCACUGCUGAUACUGAAAGGAAUACCAAAAAUAACAGCGUUAAUAAUGAUGUGGUGAAUUUUGCAAAUGAACAUCGAGAUGUUAUUGAGCUACAAGAUUUCAUUCCCAUUGAAGGUAAACUUGAUACUAAUGAAGAAGCAGAAAAUAAUAUUAAAUAUGGUAGAAUUAACUGGGAGAUUGAUUUUUUUGAGGAUAUUUUAAAUAAUGAUUGUGAAAACAAUAGUAAUAAUACAAACAAUUACAUUAUUGGAUGUGGGCCGGAAUCAUUAAUUCAAGACUGUAUAGCGUUUGGCAUUCAACAUAAUUAUCAAGUGAUUAGUGAGUAUUAUUCCUUAUGA